AGCGACAUGUUAAACUAUACCUGAAUGACGUCGUUACCGUUCUCGUGUACGUGUUAAAACAUCAUUUGGAAAUUUCAUUACCAUAACAUGUAUAUAAAGACUGCAAGAAGACCGGACUGUCAGAUAGAAGCAAGUUCUCCUACCACACGCACGGGGAAAAUUCUGUGGACAAAGGUCCUUCUGAAAACAUCUGUAUUGCAGUCAACAUGGGGAACUUGCAUGCGGUGAAAGCCGUUGUUCUGCUGUGUGUUGUGACGCUAUGGUUCGGUGAGGAGGCGGUCGGAAUGACCUCUCAGGAAGCUGCCCAGAUAAACAGCCUGCUAGAACAAGCGGUGGCGAAGGUUCAACACCUGAAUGCAAGGGUUGUUAACAACCAGGACUUGUUCGUCGCAGUAGUGCAGUCGGCACCGAGAUGGAAGCCUAUUGACGGUUCGAUGAAGUACGUGUCGGUUGGGUCCAAUGGAGUCUGGGGAGUGGAUCACAACAACGCCAUCUUUUAUCGCUCGGGAACGUUCGAGAAUGAAGCGUCUUCGGGCACCGACUGGGUGAACGUCGAGGGACAGUUGAAGCAGGUCGCGUCGGGAUACGCUGUCUGGGGCAUUGGAACCACUAACCUGAUCUACACGAGACUUGGUACAAGUGCCAGAAACCCAACUGGAACAGCCUGGGAGCAAAUUGCCGGAGGUCUGAAACAGAUAGACGUCAGCUCUACCGCAUAUUCCGUCUGGGGCGUCAAUCGUCAUGACUACAUCUACCGACGGGUGGGGAUCACAGCAGAUACACCUGCAGGUACCCACUGGCAAAACAUUGCGGGCCGUCUGAAGUUCGUGUCGACUGGGUCCGCGGGUGUGUGGGGGGCGAAUGUGCACAACCAGGUGUUCUACCGCACGGGGACGUACGGCAACGAGGCUUCUGCAGGCAUCGGCUGGGACUACAUCAGGGGGCAGCUCCUGAAACAGGUGUCGUCAGGAGACAACGUUGUCUGGGGAGUGGACACCAACAAUAAGGUCUACAUCAGGGAAGGAAUAAGUCCCAGCACGCCUACUGGAACCGAAUGGCGCCAGUUGCCAGAGAAGAUGGAGCAAGUAGAGGCAAACCCGAGAUUCCAGCUGGCAUGGGGCGUCAACUCAACCGACGUUUUCCAGCGUGUAGCCGGAGUGCCACUUACGUGAGCACCCGUCGCCAUGCGGCGUGAUACGCCUGUUGAGGACACCGCAAACCGCCGCUAAGCUGUGCUGUGACUUUGAAGUGGUGACAGUGAUGGCCAUUGUUUGUCUGGCAUGUUUUUUUCUAAUUCUUACACAGUAUGCUGAUCUUAUGUUUUGUAUUAAGACGUCCGGAUCAGCUUGCUCGUUUGCUUAUUCUUUUUUAUUAUGACUAGCGCCACGUUUACUAUGUUUGAAGGUCGCAUCUAUCUCAAUGCAAGUACAAAAGGCGUCACUUGUUCUUCUCGGUGUUCAUAUAUACGUAAAACUACUUUGGCUUUCAAGAAGUGUGUGUGUGUGUGUGUGUGUGUGUGUGUGUGUGUGUGUGUGUGUGUGUGUGUGUGUGUGUGUGUGUGCAUAUAUACCGUUCAUCAAGCAAACGUUAAGUGAGGGCUACACCCAAAGUUGUACAUACAUUGCAUUACAAACGAACAUUAAUGUAUUAAUCACAUACUUUUUAUUAAUCAUAUACUAUAGACUCAUAGCAAACACCUCUAUGGAACUGGAACGUAGAUAUCAUGUUACAUCUAUAAGACGUUCACCACUUGGCCGUGAAAGACUUUCAUCUAUUUGUACGACAAUGAGAAGAUUUGUGAGAUCAUCUUGUUCUUAUCCAGUAAAUGGUUGCAAAUGGCUCGUGGAUGGAGUUUGGAGAAUUCUUGUGAAAUGUGAAUGAUAUGUUAGUUAUUCUUUAGACCAGCAGAUGUUAACGAGAGAGUGAGCGGAAUAAACGGAACUCAUACUUUCGCCAAAAAGCAAAUCUGCAUGCACCUUGUUCAAUGCUGCUGUUGGCGAGAGGUCUUUCAGACAAUACAUACCCAGAAUAACUCAAAGUAAAACUCUUGUCAUCAAUGCGGUCUGUCCUUAUAACCCUUAAAUUUGCAAAAGUUUGUCAGCUGUCAGAUGCAC